AGGAUGAGAGCGAGUUUAAUUACGAUGAAAAUAGUGAUAGAGGACCAUCUCAUUGGGGAGACAUAAAGCCAGAAUGGAGGACAUGCAAAACUGGAAAAAUGCAAUCACCAAUUGAUUUAAAUGACAGAAAAGUUCAAGUAGCAAAACUAGGACCCCUUAACUUGAACUACAAUCCCUCCAAUAAUGCUACCCUUAAGAAUAAGGGUCAUGAAAUACAGUUGGACAUUCAUGAACCAACAAGUUCUCUACAAAUUAAUGGAACCUCUUAUACACUUGUCAAUUUACAUUGGCACAUUCCAUCUGAACACACCAUUAAUAGACAAAGAUUCGAUCUAGAGCUACAUCUGGUGCAUCAAACUCCAAUAACUAAUCAAAUAGCAGUAAUUGGAAUACUUUACAAGAUUGGAACAAGAUCAGACCCAGUAUUGUUAUCGCUAAAGGAACCUUUGGAGGCACUGAAU